CUUCUCUAUCUCCUCCCUCGCGGUGCCGCCCGUGCUGCCCACUUUCUCGCUUUCCUCGCACUCAGAGCAUUACCUCCUCUUAUCGCUCCGGCCUUUUUUUUUCCGGCCAAUUUAUCCCAUAUCGAAAAACAGAAAGAAAACACUUAAAAACCCCAAAAAUCAUUUACCCAUACAGAAAUAUUUCCUAUCAAACAGUUAUUUGGUCCCUGGUUUUCAUUUCAUACAGAAUCAGUGAAGGGUUUUUUUGUUGUUUUUCAUUUCUGGGUUUAAUUGUUUUCUUGCGUGGAAUUUGGAGAAAUGGCUCAGGUUCAGGUGCCACCACAGUCUCAGGUUUCUCCCCCAAAUGGGGUAGCAAGCAAUGGAGUGAAUCAGUUUGUGUCGACCUCGCUGUAUGUUGGGGAUCUUGACCACACUGUGACCGAAACUCAGCUCUAUGAUUUGUUUAAUCAGCUGGGUCAGGUCGUAUCGGUUCGGGUAUGCAGGGACUUGACCACUAGAAGGUCUCUUGGUUAUGGCUAUGUCAAUUAUAGCAACAUCCAUGAUGCUGCACGGGCAUUAGAGAUGCUCAACUUUACUCCUGUCAAUGGCAAGCCAAUUAGGAUAAUGUACUCUCAUCGUGACCCUACUAUUCGUAAAAGUGGUGCUGGAAAUAUUUAUAUUAAGAAUUUGGACAAGGCAAUUGACAACAAAGCUCUACAUGAAACAUUUUCGACAUUCGGGAACAUUUUAUCUUGCAAAGUAGUAACUGAUUCUUCGGGUCAGUCUUUAGGAUAUGGUUUUGUACAAUUUGAUAAUGAAGAGUCUGCUAAAAAUGCAAUUGAUAAAUUGAAUGGCAUGUUAUUGAAUGACAAACAAGUUUAUGUUGGACCUUUCCUCCGCAAACAGGAAAGAGUGUCUGCUAUAGAUAAGACAAGAUUUAAUAAUGUUUAUGUAAAGAAUCUAUCCGAGACAACAACUGAGGAGGAUUUGAAGAAGAUUUUUGGUGAAUAUGGAAAUAUUACUAGUGCAGUAGUUAUGAGAGAUGGCGAUGGAAAGUCCAAAUGUUUUGGUUUUGUCAAUUUUGAGAAUCCGGAUGAUGCAGCUCAAUCUGUUGAGUCUCUUAAUGGGAAGAUAUUUGAUGAUAAGGAGUGGUAUGUUGGGAAAGCACAGAAAAAAUCUGAAAGAGAAAUUGAAUUAAAAGGACAGUUUGAGCAAACUUUGAAGGAGACAGUUGACAAAACUGAGGGAUUGAAUCUAUAUGUUAAGAACCUAGAUGAUAGCAUCACUGAUGAUAAGCUGAAGGAAUUAUUCUCGGAAUUUGGUACAAUAACAUCAUGCAAGGUUAUGCGUGAUCCAAAUGGUGUAAGUAGAGGAUCAGGCUUUGUUGCCUUCUCAACUGCUGAAGAGGCAUCUCGAGCUCUUGCGGAGAUGAAUGGUAAAAUGGUAGUUAGCAAACCAUUAUAUGUUGCACUUGCACAAAGGAAAGAGGAACGGAGAGCAAGGUUGCAGGCACAGUUUUCUCAGAUGCGCCCUUCUGCAAUGGGCCCUGCAGUUGGUCCUCGUAUGCCCAUGUAUCCUCCUGGAACUCCAGGAAUUGGACAGCAACUAUUCUAUGGUCAAGGCCCUCCUGCUAUCCUCCCUCCCCAGCCUGGGUUUGGGUAUCAGCAGCAACUGGUUCCUGGAAUGAGGCCAAAUUUUUUCGUUCCAAUGGUCCAACCAGGUCAGCAGGCUCAGCGCCCAGGAGGCCGUAGAUUUGGAGCAGGGCCAGUUCAGCCUCAGCAACCACUUCCUCUGAUGCAGCCACAGAUGCUUCCUAGGGGCCGUGUUUAUCGUUAUCCCCCUGGUCGCAACAUGCCUGAUGUUCCCAUGCCUGGUCUUCCUGGAGGCAUGCUUCCAUAUGAUGUUGGGGGAGUGCCAUUUAGGGAUGCUGCAUUUUCACAGCCUAUGCAAGCUGGGGCUUUGGCCACUGCCCUUGCUAAUGCGACACCUGAACAGCAGAGGACGUUGCUCGGGGAAAACUUGUAUCCACUUGUAGACCAGUUGGAGCAUGAGAAUGCUGCUAAGGUGACAGGAAUGCUGCUAGAGAUGGAUCAGACUGAGGUUUUGCACCUGCUGGAGUCUCCAGAAGCCCUGAAAGCUAAAGUUGCUGAGGCCAUGGAGGUACUUAGAAGCGUUCAGCAGCAGCAGCAGGUUAAUAGUCCAACUGAUCAUAUGGCCUCGCUCUCCCUAAAUGACAAUCUUGUUUCUUAAGCGUAGCUGUUGCUAUUUUUAGAAUAUGUUUUGGAAUUUUCUUGGAGAGUAUUUUCAGAGCUGUAGAACAAUACAUGGAAUGCCGUUUUGAGUUUUUUUUUUUUUUUU